UGAUGUUGAGAUUAGAAAAAAAACUUAUGCAUCUUAAAAGUUCCUGCAAAUUAUGGCACUCGAUGGCGUUAGUACGAUUAAACGCGCGAGGGCAAAUUGAAUGGUAGUUAUCAAAUGAUUCUCGAUGAAGAAUGGAUUUCCCUAUUCGAUUAGUAGCAGGGGUGGUUGUGGGAAAGUCUCUCUAACGGCAUACACACGUGACCGCUCUUUCGUGUAUCAGGGGAGAAAGCGAGACAGUCCGAAUGAGUUCACCCUUCCGUCGAAGGGAGAAAGGUUGCAGUCGCGUGUUAGGAGAACGGCGGGCCGCGUGGUGGGGACAGUGGUGGGGUGAAAACGUGCCGUGACGUCGUUUGGUCGACGGCCGAUCAACAGGACAGACAUACAACCGUCGUCUUUACACGCGUUCAGGUUUGACGACAACCGUCGGACACGCGCCUUUCGCUUCCUUCUUAUUAUGGACCACAACACUCCUCUUCAUUGGGGGUACUCCUCCGCCAACGCACCUUCUUGGCCACCCGCCCAACGGUCAUCCGGCUCAAAACGACCACUGUCCGAAAGUGAUGACUGCGACGAUGUCUUCUCCGAGGAGUCCUCAAAAGAACAAUGUACUUCCCCUGGAAAUGCUGAUAGUUGUCAGAUGUUGUCAAGGAAAAAACGACGUGGUGUUAUUGAGAAAAAAAGGAGGGAUCGUAUAAACACCUCUUUAUCGGAAUUAAAAAGAUUAGUGCCCAGUGCUUUUGAAAAACAAGGAUCUGCCAAGUUGGAAAAAGCGGAAAUACUUCAGAUGACCGUUGACCAUUUAAAAAUGUUACAUGCCAAAGGAUUGGACUCCUUCGCUUAUGACCCUCAUAAGUAUGCAAUGGAUUAUCACGGUAUGGGUUUUAGAGAAUGCGCCGCAGAAGUAGCCCGUUACCUUGAGAGAAUUGAAGGGUUGGACAUCCAGAAUCCAUUGCGUCUCAGAUUGACCUCUCACCUUCAAUGUUGUGCGGCACAAAGGGAGUUGGCAUCUAAACAGGCUGUAGCGAGUAGCGGACCUUGGGGUUACGGUUCUCAACCACCAUACCCAUUAAAUCCACUUCCUCCGUCGCCGGCAGGGCCAAAUCAUGGUCCGAUUCAUCAUCAACCACCUCCUCCGGGCCCAGCUCCGCCGUCGUCAUUGCAUCAUCAACCGAUGCAUGAUAUCAAUUAUGAUAUUUCGACUUCUUGCGCCGUAACGGUUCCGAGCGAUUCUUCAAGGUUACCACCGUCUUCGUCCAGCACGGUUUUAACACCUUUAACGACAACCACAUCCUCAGCUUUGGGUUAUGGUCAAUACCCAAACUCUUUUAGUAUUCCAAGUAGCAGUCAUCACCAGAAUUAUAACCAAACUAACCCUCCGCAAGGCAUGAAGCCUUAUAGACCAUGGGGUGCCGAAGUUGCUUAUUAAUGCCAAAGCCAAAAGAAGCCUUGAUUAAGUUAAGAUGACCCCUCGAAAAAACGACACAGGGGAUAUAGUCAAUUACGUACCUUUUAUUUAAGAAUAUCAUAUUUUUUACUGUAUUUAUUGUAAAUAGUAAUAUUUUUAUAUUUAAAAUAAACCAAAAUAUAUUUUUCACAAAUCCGUUAUUUUAACCCUUUUCAAAUCCGCACAUAACUGGUUUUAGGGUUGCUAAAGCGAAUUUUUUGCAAAAACCGGUUCGUUCGCGUUUCCUUCUAUUUUCAGAUUAUCUUAGUCGAAUGGUCACUAAAAGAGUGACCGGGUUCAUUAACGCGGAAUUUCGAAAAACUUCGAACGGCCCGCGACAAGGUUAAAAUGUAAAUGUAAACGGGGGCUAUAUACCAGGGGCUGGGACACACGUGGUGGCGAAACGUGGGAAUUUUUCGCUUACCCGGCUCUCAUGCGUCCACCUUUCUCUUAAGGGCACACGCCAGUAACUACUAAAAGGGGGGUGCCUAAAAGGGAUUGUUUAUAUAUUUGUUGGUAUUGGAUAAUUUUAAAUCAUAAUAAAAAAAAAUUAUUUAUAUAUAUUUUUUUUAUAAUAAAUUUAAAAUUUAAGGGUGAAACUGUACUAAAUACAAAAUCGAAAACAAUAGUCAAUUGACGAGUGUCCGACACGUGCCAAACUACGUCAUAGUGCAAAUCCCGUCUCAUUACCGUGAUUCAAACGAGACGAAAUUGUGCUAAGCCUUCUGCUUGAACGAGCGGAAAAUCGGAAAGGAGAAUGAACGACGUAAAGUUUAUUUUAAAAUGCUUUAUUUAUUAUGUACAAUUUGAAAAAUAGUUCUAGAAUCGAUCACAGCCCGUUAUCGAAUACAAAAAAAAUGUGUUAAUUGACCUUGUUAGCUAACUCAAUAACUUCAUUGAAGAUGUUUUGUGACGUUUCCAUCUCGAGUAAUGUUAUGUCGGUAGACACUGAUGUGCGCUCUUUUAACGAGACGGAUAAAAAUGAUACUUUGCUGUAUCGUCGUUUUGCGCAUAUUUUUCUGAUUGCGUUGUUAAAACUUUUUAACGCCGUCUAAAAAAAAUGUUAAAUAAAACGGUUUAAGUGAUAUUAAAUCUGGUCGUGUUCUAAUUACGAGACAUACCUGCAACCAAUUAUUGCCGACGUAAAAUGGUAAUUUACCGAUAGGCAUGUUUGGAACGUUGUCGAUGAAAUGACGUUGAUGCGAUGAACUCCGAGGUAUAUACAACCGCCCCCACCAAACAAACGCCUCCCGUUCGAUCAUCGUAAGGGGAUGCACUUUAUUCGGACGUAAUACUAACACCCUUGGGGCAUUAUAAUUGUAAUCACAUUAAGUGCCGACCGAUUCUGGUUAUGGAUAUUGCAUUUUAAUUCAAUACACAUCACCCUGCGCGAUGCAAAUCGUUAAUCAAAACGGGAGAAAUCGAGUCACUGCCUUCUGCGAUGUUUACCGAAUUCGGUUUAACCAAUUUGUUUUUUACGAAACAUCCACUAACUAACGCUAAUUUAUCAACGUAUGUUACCUAUUUCCCACUAGGUACAUGCGGGCUAAGUAUUUUAUCCUAACCGGAUAUGUAUCUGAUAAUAAAAAAGACUAAAAAUACUUAAACGUUUUCUAUUAAUAAACUUAGAACAAGUAAAAGCGAUUAUUUAAGUAAAGUUUCUAUAAAGUAAUGAAUCAAUUUAUUUUGAAAGUAAAAUUUUAACCUAAUUAGAAUUUUGUGGAUAAAACUUUUAAGUCUCAUACUUUUAAGUUUAUUAACUAGUAAAACAAGUUGGUUGCAAGUUAAUAAAUCCUUAAAGUUACCCGAUAGGAUAAACCCCUACCUUAUUAAAGUUGCGCAACGGUAACUUUAUAAGUCGACAAAUAAAAAAUUUUCGAUUCAAAUUUAGGGGUCCCGUUAAAAGCGGCAAUUAAAGAAUAAUAAGAAUAAUAAAUAAAUUCAAAUGUCAACCCGUCAGUCAAACCGUCGUCGUGUAACGUAGCCAACAAAAAAAACCUUCUAAUUGAUUCGGAUUAGUCACACCGCGGCCGACGCGCUAUUGGGGUGAGUUACUUUUUAUCUUACACACUUCGAGGGUUAGAUAAUGUUGACCCGUGUCCAGUUUGAACGGACCACUUCAAAAUCAAUCAACUUGGGAAAAUAUUUGCAUUAUGCCCGUGCAUAAAUCGCCUCCGCUCGAACGUAACGCAUAUGAAUAUGCCAAAUUGUAUAUUACCAAAUCGUAAACUAACUUUUAUUAUCGAUACUGAUUAUAUUAUCGGAAUCAUAUAGAAACUACUAUAUCUCGGAUGAGUUACAGCCUACAAUAUUUGCUACAUUGUCAGAAUUUAUUAUCCGUGAAAGGACAGAUGGGAGGUGCUUGGGUUGUAAUUUUAAAUUAGGGGGCGGAAAACUGACCGCUGUCCAGCAAGUCUAUUGAUAUCCAAAGAAAUUCAUUUUAAAGACUGAAAUUCAUAAACUUUUAUUUAUAUACACUUUUAUUUUUAAUAUUAUCAACAAAUCAAUGUUAAUAAUUAAUUAAGAUUUUUAGGCAAUAAGGUAUUUAUUUCUGCACCUCGCCCGCAAGCGAACAUAUCAUACCAUAAAUUAUAUAAGGGAUUGUACAGAGGAUUUCUUAAUUUGGUGGUGGUUCUAAUAGCUGAUGUCUCUGUCACUUGAAUGUUUUUCAGUGACUUAUUUCCAAUUUUAAAAAACAACGGGGCUCCGUAUUCGAUGUAGUCUACAUAUUGUUUUGUAAAUAUGCAUCGCACAUUUAAUGUUAACACCAUUAUUCUUGAAUGUCAGGCUUCUAAAUUGCUUGGCAAUUGCUUUCAUUUUAACUUUUUUGUAUGAAUAUCAAAUUUCAACUUAUUGUCAAUCCCUAAAUAUUUGCAUGUCUUCGUUGGCUGGAUCAAGGUGUUCGUUAAUCUGAUGGUCGGAGAAUAUUCAGAAGUCCCAUGAAAAGGCAGAAGCAGUUGUGAUUUUUGAGGGUUUAUGUAAAUACGCCAAAUUUUGAACCACUUUUUUACAUCCACAGUCAAUGUUCGAAGUCUAUUUAAUGCUUUUUUUAAGGUCGUAUCGUGAGUGACUAACGCUGUAUCAUCUGCAUACUGCAGCAUAUAAGCAGUUUGUACGUACUAUGGGCAUCAUAUCAUAUCAAGUUGGAGAAAGCGAAGUCGAGGCGUUGCAUUUGAUACCACCCGGUAGUUCUUAAACAACACAUAUCACAGCAAAACUAUUUGUUAAUACCUUAUUCACCCAAAACUGGUUAAAACAUAAUCCCUCUUCUUUUUUUACUGAAAUGAUUCCAAAAUUAUAAGAAAUAUAAAAAUUAUAUUUGUUCGAAUAUCUGAUGAAAACUUGGUAUUCUUGGAUUUGUUCGGUAUUCUAAAGAUUUAUGAUCCAUGAAAAAGCCAGAUGUGAGGUGAACGUGUAAGGGGCGUGAAAAUAGCCAAUGUCCAUCCACUUGGUAAAAGGGAAG